AUGAGGUAUAAUUAUAUACUACUACUAUUUAUAUAUUUGAUUAAUGUAUCAAUUUGUGAUAAUUAUAAUGAUUUAUUAAAAAUUACUAAAUCUUCAUCAAUUGGUGUUCCAAGAGAAGUUAAAUAUUUUGAUGAUUCGUCAAAUAUUUUGACUCUAAGUCAAGGUAAUGUUUAUAUAAGCUAUAAUGAUGGUUUACAAUUUGAUAAAAUUAAAGAUGUAAAAGAAUCUGUUAUUUAUUUUGAAAUGGAUCCAUUUAAUAAAAAUCGCGGGUUUAUAUUCACUAAUUCCAAUAAUCAAUAUUAUACAAAUGAUAAAGGUAAAACUUGGAAGAAAUAUAAAUUUGAUUUAUUUAAAGAACAUGAUCAAAUUAUAUCUGGUCCAAGAAUUCAAUUUAAUGCUGAAGAUUCAAAUUAUAUUUUAAUUUCAAAUUAUCAAUGUCCCCAAGGUCAACAUGAAUUUGAUACAAAGUGUAAGCAUAAAUUCUUCUAUACAAAAGAUGGAUUUUUAUCUGAUCCAAUAGAAUUGAAAGGUAUUGAACCACAUUCUUGUAAUUUUGCAAAAUCAUCCAAAACUUCCACAAUAGGUGAUAAACUGACAAUAUAUUGUUCUGAAAAUACAUUAAAUUCUUAUGGUCAUGUAAUUGAAUCAAAAUUAUAUAAAUCUAAUGACUUUUUCAAAAAUAAACAAGAAAUAAAAUACUCAGAUUCAAAUAAUAUAAUUAUUGAUAUUAAAGUUGAAGAAGAUUUCUUGAUUGUUGUUUCAAGAAUGGAUAAAUUUAAUGAAAAAUCAAAUAUUGUUGUAUUUGUAUCAAGAGAUGGUGAAAUUUUUAAUAAAGCAGAUUUAAAUAUUGAUGUAAAAUAUGGUGUUAUGUCAUUUUUACCAAGUUCAAUUUCUUCAUUAUUUGUUCAAAUUACUGAUUUUCGAUCUCCUACUGGUUUACAAACUGCUACUUUAUAUUCAACUGAUUCAAAAGGUAUACAUUACACAAAGUUAUUAGAUAAUAUUGAAGGUGGUAAUGUUCAAAAAGUUGAAAAUAUAGAUGGGGCAUGGAUUGCAAAUAUUGCAAUUGAUGGUGAAAAUGAUGAAAAAGAACAAGAAAAGAAUUUCUUUGAUUUUUUAUUUGGUGGUGGUUUUUCAAAAGAUUUUAUAACAAAAUAUACUUAUAAUGAUGGUAAAGAUUGGGAUUUACUUAAAAUAAAUGAUGAUGAUUCUUGUAAAAUUGAAGAUGGUUGUUCAUUACAUUUAUUUUCAAAUUCAGAAUUAAAUAGUGAUGGUAAAUUUGUAACUGGUCCAACUCCUGGUAUUUUAAUUGGUGUUGGUAAUAAAGGUAAAAAAUUAAUUGGAAAUGUUGCUAAAAUGAAAACUUAUAUUUCAAGAGAUGGUGGUAUAUCAUGGACAAAAGCUUUAGAUCAACCAUGUAUAUUUUCAUUUGGUGAUCAAGGUAAUAUUAUUAUUUGUAUGCCAUAUAAUGGUAAAAAAGUUCAUGAUCCAUCAAAUUCUAUUUAUUAUUCUUUAAAUCAAGGUAAAUCAUGGGAAAAAUAUGAAUUAGAUGAAGCUAUUUAUCCUUUAAGUAUAUUAACUACAGUUGAUGGAACUUCAAAAAAAUUUAUAAUUGAUGGAUUUAAUAAUGUUGGUCAAAAUCCUGAUAAUGCAAAUGAUAUAAUUUAUACCAUUGAUUUUUCAAAUGUUUUUGAUAAAACUUGUCAAGAUUCUGAUUUUGAAGAUGUUUAUGCCAGAAAUAGUGUUUGUGUUUAUGGUCAUAAAGAAAAAUUUAGAAGAAGAAAACAAGAUUCAAAAUGUUUUGUUAAUAAAUUAUUUGAAGAUGUUCAUGUUUAUGAUGAACAAUGUCAAUGUAAUGAACAAGAUUUUGAAUGUGGUAAAGGAUUCAAAUCUGGUAAACGUGGUGAAUCAUGUAUACCUGAUGCAAAACAAAUUGUUAAAAUGUGUAAAAAUACUCAAGAUAUUUUAGAAUUAGAUAAUAAAAAUUUAAUUGCUGGUAAUAAAUGUGAUAUGGGAAAAAAGAAAGAGACAGAUUUUAUAACAAAACACACUAUUAAAUGUAAUGAUUAUAUGAAUUUACCAGAUAAAGGAGAUAAUCAUCAAAUUGAAGUUAAUAUUAAUGAAUUCGAAGAUAAGUUAAAUUUUUAUAACUAUAUCCAACAAUCAAAUGACUAUAAUUCUGGUGAUAACAUCAUAAUAAAGACUGGUGAUCAAAAAGCUUACAUUUCAAAUAAUGGUGGUGUUUCUUUUGUUAAAAUUCCAAUUCAUGAUAGAAUUUUAGGUUAUUAUGUUGGUGCAUUAGCUGGACAAUUAAUAUUAUUAACUGAUUCAGAUAUAAUUUAUGUUUCACAAGAUGGUGGUUCAACAUUUACAAAAAGAAAAGCACCAAGUGCAGUUGGUCAAGGCAAAGUUAUUACAUUUCAUAAAAAUAAUAUUGAUAAAUUUUUAUGGAUUUCAAAUGGGAAUGCUUUUAUAACUGAUGACUAUGGUGAAAAUUUUCAUAAAUUAAGUGAUCAAGUUGAAAGUUGUGAUUUCGUAGGUGCAAUAUUUAACAAAAAUGAUUUAAUUUAUUGUGCAAAAUAUGAUGAUAACAAAUUAGGAUUAUUUGAAAUAAAUGGUAAUUCAAAGAAAUUAUUUGAUCAUAUUGUUGGUUAUGCAAUGACUGGUAAAUAUGUUAUUGUAGCUACUGUUAAAGAUCAAUCAUUACAUGCAAAAGUUACAAUUGAUGGUGAAACAUUUGCUGAUGCUGAUUUCCCUGCUGAUUUAAAAGUUAUGGCUCAACAAGAAGCAUACACUGUUUUGGAUUCAUCAACUGAUUCAAUUUUUAUGCACGUUACAACUGAAACUAAACCUGGUUUUGAAUAUGGAAGUUUAAUAAAAUCAAAUUCAAAUGGUAGUUAUUAUAUAACUGCAUUGGAGAAUGUUAAUAGAAAUAGUUUAGGAUAUGUUGAUUUUGAUAGAUUAGAUGGUUUGGAAGGGUCAAUAAUUGCGAAUAUUGUACUGAAUCCAAAAUCUGGAGAUAAAAAGAAGUUACAAACUUUAAUUUCACAUAAUGAUGGAAGUGAAUGGGAUUAUUUAGUUCCACCUCCAAGAGAUUCUCAGGGGAAUAAAUAUGAAUGUACUGGUAAACCUUUAGAAAAAUGUGCAUUACAUUUACAUGGAUUUACAGAAAGAGUUGAUUAUAGAGAUACUUUUUCUUCUGGAUCAGCAACUGGUUAUUUAAUUGGUAUUGGUAAUGUUGGUGAAUAUUUAGAAGAUAAAUCAAGUGAUAAAACAUCAACAUUUUUUAGUGAAGAUGGUGGUAUAAUAUGGAAAGAAAUUAAAAAAGGGAAAUAUAUGUGGGAAUAUGGUGAUAGAGGUACAUUAUUAGUAUUAAUUAAAUCUGAUGAAGAGACUAAUACAUUAUUAUAUUCAUUAAAUGAAGGUGAUACAUGGAAUGAAUAUAAAUUUAAUGAAGAAAAAUUGAAAACAUUAGACUUAGCAACUGUUCCAACUGAUACAUCAAGAAAGUUUAUGAUACUCACAGAAAAUCCAAAAGAUUCAUCAUCUUUCUUAUCAUUUAGUAUUGAUUUUACAAAUGUUUAUUCUAGACAAUGUCAAUUAAAUUUAGAUUCACCCGAUCAAGAUGAUUUUGAAUAUUGGGUACCUAAACAUCCAAGAUCAACUGAUUCAUGUUUAUUUGGACAUAAAUCAAGUUAUCUUAGAAGAGCUUUAGGUCAUAAUGAUUGUUUUAUUGGAAGUGCUCCAUUAUCUCUUGGUUUUAAAAAACUGGAAAAUUGUUCAUGUACUAGAAGAGAUUAUGAAUGUGAUUAUAAUUAUAUUAGGGAUAUUAAAGAUAAUACAUGUAAAUUAGUCAAGGGUUUAUCAUCAAAAGAUUAUCAAAAAUUAGAAUGUUCAAAACCAAAUUCAUUUCAAUAUUUUGAAAGUACAGGAUAUAGGAAAAUCCCACUUAGUACAUGUCAAGGUGGAAAACAAUAUGAUAAUUGGAAUCCAAAGGCAUGUCCAGGAAAAGAAUCAGAAUUUAAAAAAUAUUAUAAUUUACAAGUUUCUGGAUCAAAAUUAUUUUCAUUAAUUUUUAUCCCUUUGAUUAUUUUCAUUAGUGUUACUUUUUUCGUUUAUGAACGAGGUAUUAAACGAAAUGGUGGAUUUGCAAAAUUGGGUCAAAUAAGAUUAGAUGAAGAUGAAGAUUUACAAUUAAUUGAACAUAAUGGAGUAGAUAAAGCUGUUAAUAUAAUUGUAAAAUCUGGAAUUUAUUCAUUUGCGUUCCUAAUUGCUUCAUUCAAAACAAUUCAAAAAUUAGAUAGAAGUUUAUUGGAAAAAUUGGGAUCUGUUAUAUUUAAAAGAUCACCAGGUAGAAGAACUUAUGUUUCUUUACCUAAUGAAGAUGAUGAAUUUAAUGAUAUACUAGAUGAAGAAGAAGAAUUAGAAAAUAAUAAUCAAGAUGAGAGACUUUUCGAUAUUUAUGAUGAUGAAGAAGAAGAUGAAAAUAAUGAUUUAUCAUCAAAUCAACAACAACAACAAGAACAAGUACAAGAACAAGAACAAGUACAAGAACAAGAACAACAAAAAGAUUAA